AUGUGUCCUCAAACGGAACUUUCUGUUUACGAGAGGCAGCCCUCCCUGUCUCAAGUCAGAUGCCCGCAUACCAUGAUUCAUGCAGUGCGAUCCGUAUUCUUACAAGGUGACCAUAACCCUGGACUGGACUGUAUGAAUCUUCCAAGUAUAGAUGUAACAGAACGAUACAAUACAAUAUCUAUUGAACAUGCUUUCUCACAUAUGAAGAUCGACGGUGAACGUCUUUCGUGUCAUCAGGAUUCAGAUAAGGACACAAGUCAUUGCGACGGCAGCUGCAUGUCACCUGAUGAUGUCAGCAGCGAGACUGUAUGUGAAACUGGGUGUAUGAGGGAAGACAUUUCUUUAAGAAAUGAUUCACACUUUGACGACAUUUUGCGAGAUUCUGAAACUUGUGGGGGUAAACUCACGCACAUCAUUGAAAGUCUUUUUGAAGGGGACCAGGAUGGAGACAACAGUCUUCAUCUUAGCAUAAUUAACGGCUACAAGUCUUAUUCACGUCUGCUCAUAAACCUCGCUCCAGAUUUUGAUUGUUUGAAUCUUAGUAACAAUCUGAGACAGACGCCAUUGCACCUUGCAGUACUCACCCGGCAGCCAGAUAUAGUGCGACGUCUGGUGUGUGCAGGAGCGGCAGUCUUAGCUCAAGACCAGCAAGGAAACACGCCGCUGCACCUUGCCUGUGGGCUGGGUGAUAAGCAGUCUGUGAAACAUCUAUUAACGCCAGUUUUUUACGAAGAGACUCUAGAAAACAAAUACAGCAUUCCAUACCAGCGAAUUCCCCAAGAUCUGAGAAUUCGAAACUACGAGGGACAAACAUGCCUUCACAUUGCAGUUAGCGCCAGAAACUUUAAGGUUGUUCAAAUGCUAAUAGACACAGGGGCAGAUAUUAAUGUAGGUGACGGUAGAAGUGGCCGAAGUGUGCUACACCUCGCCGCCGACACUGGAGACACGGAAAUGGUUGAAAUGCUUUUGUCUACAAGGGGUAUCCAGAUAAACACAAGGGACUUUGCAGGUUUCACACCAGCACAACUUGCUUAUGGUCGGAGUCACACAGAAACAGCAAGACUGCUCUACAGCAUUACAGGUCACUAUGACGGGACACAUGUUGAUGAUGCUAUGCUAGAAGACAAUGCACAGCUCUAG